UUCACACUGGUCGAGGGUAACUUGAGCUUUCUCAAGGAAGGGCUUGAAACCAAGUUGCAGGGUCAAGUACCCGAAUGCCAAGGCUCCAAUCACCACCACCCCCGAUCUCAUUGCAUUCACCUUCGUUCUCUCUCUCAUUUUUUUUUUCUUUUUUCGCUCAACUCCCCCAGCGUACCUAGCGAGCGAUAUAUACAAAGGAAAGUAUAGGCAUAAACGACGACGUUUUUCUGUGGUAAUAUCGUAAUAUUCCCACUUUGACCAUCCAACGGUGGAUCCCAAAUCAAAGUCAUUUUUUUCAAAAGAAAAAACAAACUCUACAAAACAUAUAGUGAGACACCUCUUCUAGAGCAAGCCAGUCCCAAAUGAAAGAAAGUCACCAAAUUUCGGUGAAUCAUUCCAGUGAGCCGGUAGCUUGUUGAUUAUUGUUCUGCCCAUAUAAAGUAUUUUUAGUGUCUGGGUUCAGUUAGAGAAAGUAUGCUUAGCAGUGCUGUUUGCUCAUUCAUGUUAAUGAAACUUGGGGUGAAUUCUGGGUUCAGUGCAACAAACUGUAUGUUGGCUUCCCCAGCUGUUUUCAGAAGGCAAACGUUUUUAAUAAGGUGUCUUCAAGGUUAUCAGAAAAAAUUGCAAGAAGUGAAAGCUAUGGGUGAACCCAAUUUCGAAGCUGAUGCAGAGAACAUUUUGAGAUCAAUUACUCCUACUCUUGAUCCCAGUAAGCAUAAGGGGCAGGCAGGAAAGAUAGCUGUCAUUGGUGGUUGUCGUGAAUACACUGGUGCUCCAUACUUUGCUGCUAUUUCUGCGUUGAAAAUUGGAGCGGAUUUGUCUCAUGUUUUCUGUACAAAAGAUGCUGCCCCUGUUAUAAAAAGCUACAGUCCUGAGAUAAUUGUACAUCCAAUUUUAAAAGAGUCUUACAGUGUCAGGGAUGAAGACAAAAGAUCCAUUUUGGAUAAAGUCCUUGCUGAAGUUGAUAAGUGGAUGGAGAGAUUUGAUUGCCUUGUUGUUGGUCCAGGGCUUGGGAGGGAUCCCUUUCUUCUGGACUGUGUUAGCGAAAUCAUGAAGCAUGCAAGACAAUCUAAUGUCCCAAUUGUGGUAGAUGGGGAUGGACUUUUUCUUGUUACAAAUUGUUUGGAUCUUGUUAGUGGUUAUCCCUUGGCUGUCUUGACCCCAAAUGUAAAUGAAUAUAAGCGUCUUGUACAAAAAGUAUUAAGAUGUGAAGUAAAUGAUGAUGAUGCUGUUGGGCAAUUACUAUCUCUUGCCAAACAGAUUGGUGGUGUAACUAUCCUCAGGAAGGGAAAAUGUGACCUCAUUACAGAUGGUGAGACAGUCACAUCAGUUAGCAUCUAUGGUUCUCCUCGACGCUGUGGGGGGCAGGGUGAUAUACUUUCUGGAAGUGUGGCUGUAUUCACAUCUUGGGCUCGAGAAUUAGUCUCAACAUCAAGUUGGAAUACAAGCAUCAGUCCAAGGAAUCCCACAAUAUUAGGAUGCAUUGCUGCAUCCACUUUGUUGAGGAAGGCUGCUUCACAUGCGUUUAAUGACAAGAAAAGAUCAACCUUGACUACCGAUAUCAUUGAGUACUUAGGAAGAAGUUUGGAUGAAAUCAGUCCAGUUAGUUGAUACUGUUUGAGUGCUGAAAUGCUAGCCACAAGUAACAACUUUUCUUGUCCUACAUAAUGACCUAAUCUGUUGGGUUUAUCUUGUAAAAAAGUAAAAGAAGCUCACUAAUAAAUGCCACAUAAAGUUUGGUUGUAAAGGGCCAACGAUGGUUGGUUUAUUGCUAUCGGCUACAACAACACUUUUUUCUACAGUAAAAAGUACGUCCAUUUGUUUAAGUUUCGAAUAGAAAAUACCAAAGGGCAUAGUAUUGGUGUCAGCACCACAUAUUAAUAGAGAGUUUAAUUAAAUUUUCAGUUGGGUCUA